AUGACUUUCAAAGUCUCCCUUACCGCCCCAGCUGAACAAGCUGAAGAUCCACUACAACCCCCAACCGAGCAAUACAAUAAGAAAAAGCCUUUCCUUGACUUGUUCUCCCAAAAGAACAAGUUAGUGGUCAUCACUGGUGCUUCUGGUGCUAUUGGUGGUGCCAUUUGUGAAGGGUUUGCCUCUGCAGGUGCAGAUUUAUGCUUGUUGGACUAUCAGUACGAUCCUAAGCGCGAACAGCAGUUGAUGGAAGAAUUCGAUAUCAAAGCUAAGGCUUAUCAGGUCGAUAUUACCGAUGCAGACGAAGUUAGACGUUGUAUCAAUUCUAUUAGAGAAGACUUCCAAGGUCGUGAUAUUGACAGUUUUAUCGCCAACGCAGGCAUUGCAUGGACAGCUGGCUCGAUUUUGAACGAAGCUGCUACUCCAGAAACUUGGAAAAGAGUUAUGGACGUUAACGUGCAAGGUACUUACCACUGUAGCAAGUAUAUUGCCGAGGUUUUCAAAUCGCAAGGUCAUGGAUCUAUGGUCUUGACCGCUUCCAUGUCCAGUUACAUUUCCAAUGUUCCAAACUAUCAAACUUGUUACAACGCCUCGAAAGCCGCUGUUAGACACAUGGCUAAGGGCUUUGCCGUUGAAUUCGCUCAUUUGACUAAACCUGCUGGUAAGAUUCGUUGUAAUUCUGUUUCUCCCGGUUACACCGAUACCAUCUUGAGUUCUUUCGUUCCAGUUGAACAACGUGCCCAAUGGUGGGGUUUGACUCCAGUCGGCCGUGAAGCAUUGCCACAAGAAAUAGUUGGUGCUUAUUUGUACUUGGCCUCUGACGCUGCUAGUUUUACCAACGGUGCCGAUAUCGUUGUCGAUGGUGGUUACACUUGUGUGUAG